AACCUGAUACUAUCAACACGGGCAUAAAUGUUUCUCGUCACCACACUUGUUCUCGCAGUCGCUGCGUCUCUCGAUGGCCAACCAAUUGACACGCCAAUUGGUACUGCGAGAACUACUACGUUAGGCAACAAUUGUGCCACAUGUGAGAACGGAAUUUGGCUUCAAUCGGGAAACACAUGCUACGAUAACCUAGCCUUGGCCAUCUACUCGAACUUCGCAAACGAACCUUUAUACAUCUCUGGAACAAUCGAAGUUGAGAACGAAAUCGCGCUUCUGUCCAGUAUCAAAUUGGUUGGGAGUAGUUGCGGCGCAAGCAUAUCAAAGCCUAAGAUUGUAUCCAGAAUAGAUGAUGACUAUGAUGCCAUAUUUGUGCUAUCAGGUCAGGAUGGUGCCACCUAUCAUUUUGAGAAUAUACAUUUCGAAAAUGGUGACGAUCGGUCUCGCUUGAUCCGUACAGCUGAAGUGGACGAGGAUCAAGAGGAAACAGAUGAUGCGGGCUGGUCGGACAUGCCCGCAUACAAUCUUGCACUUAUCGACAUCGUUGCCGAAAAAUUUGAGACUAAAGCAAGAGGUGGAUCUGCCGUAUUCAUGCAAGUCGCAAGAAGUGUACUCAUAGACGGUUCCACAUUCUCACAAAACAAUGUGGCUGACCCCGGGAAAGAACUUUACGGUGGAGGUGGUGCCGUGUGGAUCCACGAGGUUCCCAAAGGUAACUCUGUGGUUGUCCAAAACUCGAUAUUCACUGAAAAUACGAUGGAAUUUGAACACGGACUAGGAGCAGCUUUCUACAUAGCACACAUUGAUGGGGCGGCGAGCAUACUCAAUUGUGUGUUCAGGGACAACGCUGCUGCAGACGGCGCCGCCAUUCAUAUUUCUCGAACGGAUACCAGCGGUAGUGUGAUCAUCAACAGCACUUUUCAGAACAAUAGAGCCGCUUCUGACUGGGGUGCACGUGGCUCUGCGCUGCGCUUCAAGUACAUCUACGGUAGUGUGUCAAUUGAUGGUGUCUAUACAGAUAACGAGACCGCCGACGGCAGAUCCCUCAUAGCAAACAAUAGGGUUGGAUCAGGUGCGUCAGUGCGCUUAGCAGGUACUUUUAUCAACAACGAUUGUCGACAGGGAGGCGCGGUGUGGGAUUCGCACAUGGAGUUUGGUGGGGUCAUGACAAUUAGCAGUGGUACAUCAAUGGUGGACAAUGACAGUGAUGUCAAUCCUGGGACAGUGAUACGUCUUGCGGGGGCGAACGAAGGCGAUGCGACGACCUAUAAGUCAGCGGAUUGGGUAAACAGUUUGACAGAAGAUACUAUGAUCACGCUCUAGUUGCAGUUGUAGAUCAAUACUUCAAACCAGGGUACAUCUGUAGAUCAAUGCUCCAAACCACGAUGUAGUUGUAGAUCAAUGCUCCAAACCACGAUGUAGUUGUAGAUCAAUGCUUGAAAACAUAAUUUAAUUGUAGAUCAAAUCUUUAAACCACUAGGUAUCUGUAGAUCAAUGCUUCGAAACAAAUUUAAUUGUAGAUCAAUAAAAUUUAUAAGAAUUAAGAAUAAUA